UCUUAAAUCGGCUUUUGAGUUUUAGCUAAUUUAUAUGGUACCUAGUUUUUAAGAAAACAAUAAAAAGUGAAAUACAAAUCGGACAUGAGAGUCUUGUAUUCAAAAAUGUUUACAUAAUGACUUGAAAAAUCUAUAAAACGAAAUUCAAAAUGGUUUAUGAAACAAUUCCCCGAACAGUUCGGAUUAUCUUGCUUGGCGAACCGUCAGUGGGUAAAACAUCAUUAAUACUCUCACUGGUUACUGAAGAAUUUGCAGAAAAUGUGCCCCCUAAAGCAGAAGAAAUAACAAUCCCUGCUGAUGUUACCCCAGAGCAAGUACCGACGAACAUCGUCGAUGUAUGUCUAACCGAACAAACUAUUGAACAAGUUGCGGAAGAGAUUGAAAAAGCACAUGUUAUAUGUAUAGUUUUUUCGGUGGAUAGACAAGAAACCUUAAAUAAAGUUGCUUCUUAUUGGUUACCCUUUGUAAGAGACAACUGCCCAGAUGAUUACCGGAAACCUGUUAUUCUCGUUGGAAACAAAAUAGAUCUAAUAGAUUAUUCCAUCAUUGAUAACAUCUGGGACAUUGCUGAGGAAUACCCGGAGGUAGACAGGUGCAUAGAAUGUUCAGCAAAAACCCUAACAAAUGUUUCAGAAAUGUUCUAUAAUGCACAAAAAGCAGUAUUACACCCAAUUCAUCCUAUUUACUCAAUAGAAGAACAGGAGCUUACAGAAAGAUGUAAAAAAGCUCUAACAAGAAUAUUUAAAAUUUGUGACAUUGAUGGAGAUGGUGUAUUAGAUGAUUAUGAAAUAACAAUAUUUCAAAAGAAAUGUUUCGAUACACCUUUACAAUUACAGGUUUUAGAUGAAGUAAAAUCAGUAAUUGCACAAAACAUAGCUGGAGGUAUAGAGAAUGAAUGUAUUACUAUGAAGGGAUUCAUUUUCUUGCAUUGUCUGUUUAUACAAAGAGGGAGAAAUGAGACAACCUGGACAGUCCUGCGUAAAUUUGGUUAUGAUGAAAGCUUAGAAUUGAUGCAUAGUUAUUUAUAUGCUAACAUAAAAGUUCCUGUAGGAUGCUCUACAGAGCUUUCCUAUAAAGGGCAGCAAUUUUUAACACAAUUAUUUGAAAAAUAUGAUCGAGACAGGGAUGGUAUGCUAAAUCCAACUGAAAUAAAGAAUGUCUUUUCUUGCUGUCCCCGUAUACCGUGGCACAACUUACGUUAUACAGUUCCAACUAAUGAUAAGGGUUUUCUAACUCUACAAGGCUGGAUGUGUCGUUGGACUUUAAUGACGUUACAUGAUUUGCAGAGUACAAGUGCUUACUUAGCUUAUUUAGGCUACAAUUUUCUUGAAAAUGAUACCCAAAAAUCAGCCAUACAUAUUACCCGAGAUAAGAAAGUUGAUAUUGCUAAAAAACAGUCAAGUCGAAAUGUAUACCAGUGUCAUAUUAUUGGUCCAAGAUCAUGUGGCAAAACAUCCAUAUGUCGAAGUUUUUUAGGCAUAGCACAUAAGAAAAUAAAACCAACUACGUACGAAAGAGGUGACAAUAACACGGAAAAUAAUUGUUGCAUAAACACGGUGCUCGUGUAUGGACAAGAAAAGUAUUUAGUUCUGAGGGAGAUUCCCAUAACCCGCGUGUCGGAUCCACUGCAGCCUCACGAAGUUAACUGUGACGUGGCUUGCCUCGUUUAUGAUAUCGCCGCCACUAGAUCAUUUGAAUAUAUUGCUAGAAUAUAUAUUAAAUAUUUUGCUGAAAGUCACAUUCCUGUUUUAAUUGUUGGAACUAAAGGUGAAAAUAUAAUGAUGAGACAGGAAUAUAUUUUACAACCGGACGUGUUUUGUAACAAAUAUCAACUUCUACCUCCGCAAUUUUUUAAUAUCAAAGAGAACAAGCACGAUGUUUUUGUAAAGUUGGCGACUAUGGCUGCAUUUCCUCAAUUUCAAGCUGCUUGGAUUUUAUUCAGCAAACACAGGCAUCUAAAGCAUUUUGCGAGUUUGGCGGGAGAGAACUCGUCGUGGUGGAAAGCUGGUAUCGGGGUUGCCGCAGCGACUAUUAUGGGCUUCAUGCUUCUCAAGAUGUUGAAUUUCCAACGACGGUAGAUUUUGACAUAUGUAUUGGAUAUAUUGAAACUUGCCAAUUAAUAAUAUAGGCGUGUGAUACGUGAGAAAUAUCUUUAAAUAAGUAGAUCUUAUGAGUAUCCAAUACAAACCAAAGAUAUGUAAUGCAAUGCGUUCAUAAAUUAUUAUUACUUUUUUGUUGUAAAUAAAAUGUUUUAAU